UUCUCGUUUCCUCCGUCUUCCACUAGCCGACCGUACUUUACACCCGACCCUCGCGUAGCCUUUUCCUCGUUUUUCUCCUCUCCUCUCCUCUUUGUCCUCCUCGGUCACCCUUCUCACCCCCCACCCUCCCCCAGAAGCACUUCCCUUCCCACUUAGUUUCUAAUCUCUGACAUCUUCGAUCCGCUGUCUCGUGUAGCUCCUUUCCGUCAUGGCGGAAUCUCGUCUUCGUAACCCCCUCUACUCGUCAUACUCAUUCACAGGCACAUCCUCCAACGCAGACCCUACCUCUCGUGCUACCCUCAAGCGUCGUUUCACCGAGUCGACACAGGACCCCUUUCUUGCACCAGCGCCACCGCAGCAGCUGUAUGCACAACCUAAUGACUCUUUUGAUGCUCAGCGAAGGCUGCCUCCUACGAGUCGGACGCACCCCGGCCUCCGAAACGGGGCUCUCGUCGUUCCCCAACAUCCUGCAAUGGACCCCAGUCCCGACGACCCGGACGCCAUUUUUAUACAUCCCCCUUUCACCAACUUUCCAAAUGCACACCUGUACAAGGAUGGCUUGACCUACAACCUGAUGGCAACCAACCCCGAAUGGUUUCUCGAUCCCGCCGACUACAUCACUACGGUCAAUUGCAGUUCUACCGCCAUACGCUAUCCCACUCAGCUCGAGCCGCCUCGUGGCUGGUGUCCUUCGAAGAAGAGAGAGCUGAAGGACGGUUGGCCCGAAGGCGAAGAACCUAGGCUGCGUUGCACCUUCUGCAGACGCACCUACGCUGGCGUGAACGCCAAAAGCAUGUGGCGACGUCACGUCUACGAGAAGCAUAAGAUUGCUAUGGCCAACCGUCGCGAUAACAAUAACACCAGCGAACGUAGAGGCCGUGGCUCGAAUAAGGAGAACAAGGAAGACAAGGACAGACAUCGCAACUCUCGUCGAGGAGCGACCUCCUCCGAGAACGAGGACGAUGUUGUUAAGAAAGUCCCAAGCAGCCGCCAGUCGGAGCCCGCCCAGGCGAAAGACGCUUUUAAGACUCAUAUCGACCACUAUCAAGAGGCCGAUAAGAGUUACGAACUGCCUAACCAUGGUCUGGUUGCUCCUGAAUCCAAUUUCACAGAUGGCGAGCACGAUGUUUUCCAAGUCGGCACCUCGUCUAGCACCCCACCUCUUACACCAGGCCUCUCUCCUGUGAGCUCGUUCCUGCGUAAUCAAAGCGAAUCGAAAGGAAUCCCAGAGUCGCCAUACAAUCCACUCCUCACCCCGUCCUUCAAGCACUCUCCCGCGCGUCUUCCGUCAGAGCAACCAUGGCGAUUCCCCAGCCCGAGUCACCCCCUCCAUUCCAGCGCACGCGAGCUUUCCCUUUAUAUGCUUGUCCACGGUGAAGCAAGUCCACUUGUUAGUGGUCUUGAUGUAAGUCCGGUCGUUAUCGUUCCGAAGUCCGAGCGUAGAAAGCGAAGCAUCUUCAGUAGCCCUCUCGCUCCCGACAAUGACGAGAAGGAUACUCAUUCCGAUGGACCAGAAAGCGGAAAGCGUCGUGCUCCCAAGCCUCCCAAACGCCGUUUGUUCAAUGAUGCCUUGCCUACCCCCUUCGCCGAUCGAGUCAAGUUCCAGCAAUAUCGCGUCCCCGAAUCCCCUCUUGGCCGCCAAUUUACGAAGCCGAAAGAUCUGAUGUCGAUCGUACUUGGUGGCGAAUCGUGGCGCUUGGCCACUCCCGCGAAGACUCCUGCCAAGACCGUGGCGAAAACUCCCAACUCCAGAACCCCAGGCCUUUUGGGCCCCAUUGAGUUGGACGGAGAAGACCCUUUCGUGGACUUGCUGUCCUGGUCUACUCCCAAUGGCAAAGGAAGACUCAUGCGCGAAAUGAGCCCUCCUGAGUCUAGUCCUGAAGCAGACAGUCCCGUCCUCCGAGCUAGUCAGCUUUCUCAGACUGACUCCGGGAACGCCAGUUUCUCUACUACGGAUGGAUUUGGACUUGGUGCCGGACUGAUGGAAGGGUUCACGUUGAAGGAUACCAUUGACGUCAAGACCCCUUCCUCUGAUGACUUGAUGUUCGUCUAUGAUAACAAGUCCAAAGAGGAUAGCAAAAGAUCUUUGCUCGAUAUCAGCCUCGGCUCCCCUCCUGCUCAAGCUGGUAAGAAGACCAGGAGGUUCUUCUCUCACGGAUACCCAAAUGAUGAUGGUGAUUCUGAGAUGCAUGAGGCAUCGCAGCCGAAGAAGAGACGAAGAACCGUCAGCGGACGCAAUUGAUUCACGCGCGCGUCUUACCACCUCAAGUCUCGCAUCUUCGAAACCUCAAACACAUACACAUAUACAACCUCGCUUUUGUUUCUAUUCGAUUCUACAAAUCUAUCAAACCUCCCGAAAUCGUCUUGUCCUUGGCUCUGUUUUCCUAAAAUUUGUCGCUAUCGUAUCCAAUAUCUCCUCGUAGCUAUGUCCAUCUCGUUAUCUUUUUACUUUUGCUUCUGCUGAUCGCAUCCCCCUGGAUGGGUUGUAUUUCUCCUGGUAAGGUGGUUACUUGGUAUAUGGACUUUAGUCGCAGUCGUAGUAGUCUUUGCCUGAAUUCUGAUUUUUUCCUCUCUCUCUGUCUUUCCGUAGGUAGUGAACCUUCCGUCUCGUCUUGUGUCUCCUCCUCUAUGCAUCCCCUUUUUGUGUCCCUUCUUCGUUUUACUUGUAUACUUAUAUUUCAUAACCUACAAUACGACUCUAUUUUGUCCCUUUGUCUCCCCCCUUGCGAUAUAUUUAUAUUCGUCCUUCUACUUUUCGUCUGAUUUCUUUGGCUGAAGGAUUUCGUCUGUGAGACCACCCGUUGUAGCACUCAAUCGUUUUGUAUUUUUUUUUUGCGGGCAACAAUUGCUUAGAGGACAUUCUGAUAACUAUCAGAAUGUCCCGCAAGGCGUGUCCGAAACGGAUCAUGAUGAUGGUAUUACAAUGGGUCCUCGAUAUGUAUUUGUACUAUACAAUUGGAAAUUCGACUUGUGCAUUGCAGUCCAUUUAUAUUUUGCC